UUCCAGAGUAUUGGCAAAUAUUGACGAGGCGAUUGUGGUGUAAGAUGGUGGCGAAGCAGAGGAUCCGCAUGGCGAACGAGAAGCACAGCAAGAACAUCACUCAGAGAGGAAACGUGGCCAAGACGCUGCGACCGCAAGAGGAAAAGUAUCCAGUGGGCCCCUGGCUGCUUGCCCUCUUUGUAUUUGUCGUGUGUGGCUCAGGUACGUGGAUUUGAUUAUUGUUCUUGUUGUUAUUAGUGUUAUUGUUGUUGUUAUUAGUGUUAUUGUUGUUAUUAUUGAUAUUCUUAUUG